UCUUGGGGUGUGUGAACUGUGGAUGAAUCUCCAUCUCCGCCAUCAAAAUCGAUCGCUAUCUGCUCUGCAACUUCUUCUUCGUCCUUCUCUCUACACCUUCUAAAAUGGCUACCUCACUUUCUCCGCCUGAAUCCUUAGCCCUAUCUAUCCUAAGCUCUCCAUCUUCUUCUUCUUCUUCAUCGCCCGCUUCAGUUUCUUCUUUCUCCUCCUUCGCCGCUUUCCCUUAUCGCAUGCAUUCCCUUCCCCUCCACAACCAUAGAUUACUCCCUUCCCGUUGGUUCCAUCCCACACUUGGCCGUGGUGGAUACCUAGUACUCACGGCAUCAGCUGGACUCCCUCUAACCCCCAAUUCCGUGCUGCCAAAAGAGGAGGUCUACACUGUGGGUGACUUCAUGACAGUAAGAGAGGACUUACAUGUAGUCAAACCUACAACAACUGUGGAUGAAGCACUAGAAAUGCUUGUUGAGAACAGGAUUACUGGGUUUCCUGUGAUUGACGAUGACUGGAAACUGGUUGGUCUAGUUUCAGAUUAUGAUUUAUUGGCAUUGGAUUCCAUAUCAGGUGGUGGAGUGACUGAUACAGAUAUCUUCCCAGAAGUUGAUAGCACUUGGAAAACAUUUAAUGAAGUACAGAAAUUGCUCAGUAAAACCAAUGGGAAAUUGGUCGGAGAUCUGAUGACACCAGCACCAAUUGUUGUUCGGGAUUCCACCAAUUUGGAGGAUGCUGCAAGUAUACUGCUUGAAACAAAUUAUCGCAGAUUACCAGUUGUGGAUGGUGAUGGAAAAUUGGUUGGCAUAAUCACACGAGGUAAUGUGGUUGCAGCUGCGCUCCAGUUAAAACGCAUUGUGGAAGGUUAACCAUGAUAUUUAUCUCGACAACCAUCAAUUUUAGCUUGAGCUUGGGCAUGAAAAUCGCCAAGUCCUUAAAAUUGUAAGUCUUGUGUUCUAAAGUUUGUUGUUUAGGUGCUCAUAUGUAAUAUGUUAGAUUGAUUCACUUUGACAUCAUUAAUUAACACCGAAUUAUAGAACAAUUUUCUUUCUUUUAUUAUUCACCCCAUAUUAUAUAGCAAUGGGAUUCGAAUAAUUUUGAUUAAAAGGGUCCAUUUUAAGU